AUGGCCACCAAGGGCGACCACGAGAAACCAGAGACGGUGGACAACGAACACCAACCGACUAUUAAAAAAGUGCGGCUAGAUGAAGACGCUAAUGUGGCGGAGGAUGUCAAGAAAGUUAAAAUCGACGAAGACGCCAUACCACAGCCAGAAAUUGGGAGUCAUGAGGACGCAGUUCAAAAGAUGUCGUCACCUGUGACGAAGCAGGAUGCAGGUAGUAACACGAACGAAAAGGUGCCGAAGGAGGUCAAGCCAAACACCAAUGGGAGUGCUUUUGGUGGAUUUAGUGCAUUUUGUGGUAAAAAUGCAUUUGCGGCAUAUACAACGCCUGCAAAUACGAAUGGGUUUUGCACGAAACCUUCGUCUACGAACGAGCCUAGUUUUGCAAAAUUUACAGCUGAGACAUCGACUGCUGAUGAUACUUCAACACAGUCAAUCACAAGCAUUGCCAGUUCAAGUCAAUCUGGGGGAUUUGCGUCGUUUCAGGGCAAGUCUCCUGUAACAUUUGCGUCGUUUGCUACAGCACAAUCGUCGCCAGAUGAUUUUGGUGCUAAAGCCUCAUCAGCACUGGCAACAGACUUUUUGGAUUCAGACGUGGCUCAAAAAGUGGAGCCAGUAGUCCCAGCAUUAACAGAAGCUGAAUUGGCAAAUGGGGAAGAGGGGGAACACAUUUUGGUCGAGAAACGUGCAAAGCUAUUUAAAUUAGUAGAGAAGGACUACACAGAAGUCGGAAUUGGCCCUUUGCGGGUUUUGAGCGCCAAAGACUCUGCGGUUGAUAAAGUAACUGCGCGAGUGGUAAUGCGACGUGAGUCAUAUCCUCAUGGACCUGGUACCAAAUUGCUACUGAAUGCCAGUUUGGGCUCGUGCUUACUAUGUGAGAAGAAGACAGAGAAGACAAUGCAGUUGACUGUUUUGGAGGCAAAUGAGGACUCGAGAGAGGACAACGAGUUUACACCCGUGACGUAUUUGUUGCGUUAUGGUAGUCCGGAGGAUCUGGACAUGAUGAUGAUGCGGUUCCAAGCGCACAUGCAUUUGUCAACAAGUGUCACUUCGUCCAGUUAA